AUGGGCAACCACGCCCUGUGCGGUGAGAAGGGCAAGUGUGGCGGGCAGUGCUCGCAGCUGACGAUUUCACAGUCCCUGGAAAGCAUCAUCGAGGAGCCCGAACCAUCUGGUGCCGUGUUUCCAGACACUUUAGAAGGUCUUAAUGCCGUCGACCGCAACCUGCUUCAGUUCUGUGCUUCGAGCAACCUGGCCGGUGUUCGCUGGCUCUUGGUUCUGGGAGGAAAUCGUCGAGCAACGGAUCAGAAGGGCACAACCUGCCUGCAUGCUGCCUGCCGCAGCGGCUCCUGCAGUAUCGUUGAGGUCUUAGUCUUUCUAGAAGAGGAAGGCACAGCUCCGACCUCCAUGUAUGCAAGCAACAGCGAAAUGGCAGUGAAGAGUGAAGCUGAGCCAACAACCCAGACAGUUGGUGCCUUUGGUGGCAGUAGAGGCCUCCAGGCGACCGACGAGGCUGGCUGGACGCCACUGCACGUUGCAGCCUUCAUGGGACGACAGGACGUGGUUCGAGUCCUCCUCAGGAAUGGGGCCAACACUCUCGUGCGUACUAACAAAGGCCAGUUUGCUGUAGACCUUUGCUCGGACGUGGCCACACGCAGACUCCUGCAGAAGGAGAUGAAAGCCACGCCGGACACAGGCACAUGUGUUGAUUUCCCAGAAGACAGGGUCCGCGGCCAAGGCGGCCAAGGCAACGAGGCCACGCUGCAAGCGCUGCAAGUGGAAGGCACAUUUCUGUCGCGCUCCUGCGUCGCAUCACCCUCUAGAGAGAUUCGGUUCGAGCCUUUCUUUGUCCCGCGAGCGCCGCUCCUGGUGGAGGACGAUGUCGACUUGGAGCUUGCCGAGCUUUGUGCAUAUCUCGGCUGCCAAAUCUUUGAGUCCAGCCCUGGCCGGGGUCUCGCUUUUUUGGUGGUCACGGGCUCUGUGCGUGACUAUCCCAUUGACCUGGUGGGCUUCAUGCGUACUACGAAGCUCAGCCCUCUCCAAGUGGGAACCUUCCUGGGCGAGGAUUUCUCGCUGUCCAAGAUCCUUCGCAUGGAGUUCCUCAACUCUGUCUGCUUGACAAACACUGGUGUGGUGUCUGCGCUGCGGACAGGCCUUACAGGCCUCAAGGUGCCUCCAGAUCUGCAGAAGAUGAAUCGGCUCUUGAGCAGCCUUUCCGAGGUGUGGUGGCGGCAACAGCUCCGCGCUGCAAAGCUCAGCGGCAAGAAGAAGGAGAAGGCCAACAGCCCCUCCAAGAGCCAGGACGACCUCAUUCAAGAGUCUAUUGAUAUGGCGAUGGAUGUCGAGUCAGAUGAGCUCCGGGGUACAAACCUCAAGUCGAUUCUUCCAUCCAUCAGCAGCCUGCACCAGCUGUUCUUUUCGACGGUGAUGCUCCAUUGGAACUUGCAUGCUCCGCUGCCUCCUUCGCAGAAGCUGGACUUCGAUGCAUGGGCGGCCCUGAACAGAGGUGGCACCAAGGAAGAUGUUCCAGACUGGGUCCUGGAGCCAAUCUACAGAGCCGUGGCAACAGCUGCCCUGGAAGAGCUUUCGCUUGAGGACAGAGAGACACAGCCUGCCGUAAGCUCCGGUCAGUUCGACAUGCGCGAACUGGCCAUUGCGUCGGCCACUGGUUGGGUGCAAGUGUUCGCGGACGGCCUGCCGACCCUUCCUGGGGCUCCGCACUUUCGCCCAGUGAGCUUUGUGGAGUGCAUGCAAAUUGCUGGAAUGAUCUGUGAGUCGACUGCAUCUGCCCGGAUGCAGUCUGGUCGGUUGGAGCAUUCGGUGGACGGCUCCCCUGUCGCGAAGGCUCAAGGAAUCCUGGAUGCCCAUCCCGGAUCAGUCUGGCUUUCGCUAUGUGGGCCGAUGUUGUUCUUUGAGAUGGACUCCGGGCCUGGGCUGAAUCCGUUUGCCUUCCUCCACACAAAGUAUGCCAAGCUCGCGGCUGUCGACCCUCCCAGGCUGACAUUCACCCUCUGCGACCAUUCACUCGGCUCCGGGGAGGAGCCCUCCAGUAGUCCGAACAGCGGACUGCUGCAGCUCGUCGUCCUCUUGCAAGACGGCCGUUUUCAGGCCUUCCAUGUGAAGAAGCUGGUAAUGCGCGUCAGCGAUGCUUCUGCCCUCAAAGUUUGGGUCGAAGCAAUCGCAUCUGCCAAUGACAUGUGCCGGGAGAUUAGCGAGGAUGCUCGUCAUGCGCAGGGGCCAAAGUUUGCCUCGGUGCUCUUGCGCCUCUCUGGGCUUCGCGCUCGAAGCGGAGGUCCAAGAUCGGACAACCGCGCUGGCACGGCAAGAUCUUCAGAAAGGCGAAGAGAUCGAACAGCAGUGCUGAUGCCGAAGUGGAUGUCGUUGUCAUAG